CCCGCGCGCCGCGCCUCGCGUCGCGAUGUAAACUGAGCGCGUCCACGAACAAGUCGAUGAGAUAGAUCGACCAGCGCUGGUGCAUGCACAUCACCCUCACGCCAUGGAGCGCGGCCAACUCCUCCUCCUCCUCCUGGUGGUGGUGGCCCUCAUCGUCCUCGCCGGCGCCGGGGGCAUCGCCGAGGCGCAGGCGCCGCAGCAGCCGGGGGGCGCGUUGGAGGCGCGGUGCGAGAUCGACACGCUCGCCACCCAGCUGGCGCUCCACUGCCUGCCGGCUGCCGACGAAGACGACGGCGGCGGCGGCGGGGUGCCACCCGGUCCCGUCGUCCAAGCCAACGCGCAGUGCUGCAAGACGGUGGGCUACGCGGUCCGCCUCGACUCGGGCUUCCGCUGCCUCUGCGCCGCCGCGGCCGAGCAGCAGCUCGUCAUCGGUGGGCUCAACUCCACCCGCCUCCUCGCGCUCUACGCCGCCUGCGGUGGCCGCCGCCUCGUCGACUCCCGCCUCGCCACCGCCUGCGGAGUCAUGGCGGAGUCGGGGGACAUGUCGGAGGAGGCGUGCGACCCUUCCAACCUCGCCGCCCAGCUCACGCGGUACUGCCGGUCCGACGCCCCCACCUCGCAGUGCUGCGAGCCGGUGGUGGCCUCCGUCGACCUCGCCGGCGGGGAUCCUAGCUGCCUCUGCCGCGUGCUGGCCGAGCCGCAGCUCGCCGUCGCGGGGACGAACGCCACGGGCCUCCUCGCCAUGUACACCGCCUGCGGAGGCCUCCGCACCGUCGGCGCCGACAUCGCCGACGGCUGUAACCACCUUCGCGCGCGACCCGCGACGCCGGCGGCGGUGAUCACCGCCCCGUAAUGCGAGCGGACAUGAUCGGUAGCAGUAGGCGUGCUCGAUCCCCUGUUUGAAGUGUGGCAAUUCGUAGUUCGUUGAUUAAUUUAAUUUGUCGAGUACUCUAGGAAAUGGUAAUGGAUGGAUCCGGAUACUCCUGCCUUGCAUACCGUACAGAGCAAUUAGACGAUUAAUAACAUACUCGAUCGUCUCUAAUACUGACUUCGUUUCAUACUAUAACAUAUUAUAUCCUUAUAUUCAUACAUACUUAUAUAUAAAACAUUCAUCGGUCCAAAACAUCCAUAAUAUAGAAUAA